AUGUCUGCACGUAACAACAAUCACAACAAUAGCAGCAACAGCACAGGUAGCACUGGCUCGAACGCCCACGUCCGAAACGGGGCAGGCACCGGUAGCGUAGGUGUCGCUUCACCGAGACAAAAUACUGCCAGGAGCGCCGGAGGACAGUCAGCUACUUCAACCCGCAGUGCAGGAGGAGGAAAAACGGCGCGAGCGACUGGCGGAGCCGGCACCAGGUCAAGCGCUGUCGCCGUAAACAAUGCAGGACGUAUCAAGAAUCAAGACAACGCCUACUCGUCCGCAGGAGGAGGACCACCGGGAGGCGGCGAUGGCUUUGUAGGUAUGGGUGCAAAAGGAAGUACUGGAAGCGGUGAGCCUAUCGAGCUGGCAAAGCCUUGGAACAACAAGCCUCUCGCUACCGGUCCUGGCUCUGGCUACUCCAAGGGCAAUGCAGCCGGCGGAGCUUCGAAAGUCGACACCGGCGGACCGUACUUCAAGAGCGAAAAGAAAGGAGCUACCACGGGCAAGAGCGACCGUAACCCAAUUUCUGCCUUGUCUAGUGGGGGAAGCGGUGGCGGACUAUCCAAGAAACACGAUACAAAUGCUUUCGUUACCGGUAAUAGCGGACAGAACUACGGCUCGAGCUACGAGAACAAUAACCAGUCAUCGUACGGUUGGGAGAUCACCCAACCCAGUGGUAAUGGAGGCAGCAGCAGCCACAAUAACAAUCGUAACAACAACAGUCAUGUCAAUGUGCCAAAUGACGGCAACAAUUUCGGCGGCAAUUCUUCCGUGACGAAGUCAAGCAGGGACGGCUACAGCAGCAACAACUCCUCGAGGUCAUCCCCGGGCCGAUGGCGGGCACAGUCACAGUCUGGUGGUGCUGAAGAUAGCAGCAACAGGGCCUCCGUGACUGGCGGAGGUCCUACUUCUGCUUCGGGUCCAGCGGGCAACUACAGCGGUGCUAACGACAAGGAUUCUCAAUCUGGGAAUGGUUUCGAAGCUGGUGGUCAGUCUUUCAGCGGAGCAAACAUCACCGAUAGGGCUGGCGCUGGCGAUGGCUAUGACAGCCGCAAAGAUGAGGAAGACACUUCCACCGCGACGAAAAAUACUUUCAGCUCAGGUGUGUCAAGCAACAACAGCUCCUCAAAGACGCACGAAUCCUAUGGAAGCAGCAAUGCAAGCUUUAGUACGUCUUACACGCGCACCGAUGGCCUCGGCGAAGGAAGAAACGAAAACAAACAGACGAAAUCGUCGUCUCCCCCUACGAACAGCUCAGGAAUUCACGCCGAUUCCUCAGCACGAGGCAAUGCCAGCGACAAUCGCGUUCAUUUCCCCGAAGCUCAUAGCGGGGUCGGAAGUAAUGGUGGAAGCGUCUACGGGUCUCCUUCGAGCAACGCCAACGAGAAUGUUUCGUCAACGUCGAUGACUGGAGCAAACAGCAACAACAGCAACAAUAACAGCUCGUCACCGUCUCCACACGGAGGAAGAGGUAACAGUUCCCUGUCGAACCAGUCCUCGAAACAGAGCCUGAAUCAAAGCUCUGGCCAGGGCCAGAAUUCGGGCCAAAGUGAGAGCCAGAACAAGUCUCUGACGAAGUGCUUCUCGUCGAUGGGCGUCAGCGAUGGCGACAGCUCCUCUUCAUACGGGAACAAGACAGCCAACGCGGGCAGCAACAAACAGGUCCAGAACGAUGGCAAGGGACAGGGUCAAGGCUUCAACAAUAAUAAGAGCGGCACCGCCAGCAAAAGCGGUGUCAGUGCCAACACAAGCUCCAAUACCAAUACCAAUUCCAACUCCAGUUCCAACAGCGAUAGCACCCACAGCCAUGGUAGAAUCUUUGGCGUCCUCAGUCGUCGCUAG